UAAGAGGUAACGAGAAAAUGCUGAAAGCAACAGAGGACAUAUUGGAUUCAUAACUCAUUGACUAUUUUUCAGGAAUUUAUUUUCUGAAGACUUCAAUCAUUAUUGCAUCAGCUUUUUUAAUUAAUCUGUUUCUUUUCAUCGCGUUCGUUGCGGGUUUUUACGAAUUAAGAAAAGAGGCAGAGUAUAUACGACUACGAGUGUCAUGGCGACCAUCUGGCCUCUCCUGCAAGCAGUAUUGGUCGUAAUGGCGUUUCAUCUUGGUGGUUCUGACGCUAAUGAACCUGUUAUUGCUCCCUUCAAAUUCCAAUCCAGGCUAAAAGUAGGAGAACGAGGAAGUGUGCUGUGCACCAUCCGAUCAGGAGAUGGACCAUUCAAUUUCAAAUGGCUUAAAGAUGGUCACGAGUUUAUAAGACCAUUUCCUGGUGUCGAUGUUCGAACUACUGCCGACACUUCACUUUUUAUCGUACAAUCUGUCACAUUGCAAAACAAUGGAAACUACACCUGUAUUGUGUCUAACUCACAUGGAUCAGAUAGUCACACUACGUCUCUUGUCGUAACAAUGGCUCCAGCGUGGGAGAAAGAACCUACUGACAUUACAGUGGAAGAAGGAAGAUAUAUUAAAAUCGAAUGCAAAGCCCGAGGCUUCCCAAAACCACAGAUAAAGUGGGAAAACAAACACGGAAAUAUUUUAAACUUCUCUGAUUCUACUUUUGCUACUUCUGAAAAUGGAGAUCUUAUAAUUUCCAACACCCGGGCCUCCAUGGAAGGUUAUUACACUUGUCAAGCAGAAAACGGAGUAGGUUCGAACUUAAAGAAAAUGAUAUACUUAUCUGUCAAGGGAAAGCCAAUAAUUCAACCAUUUACAUUUCCAAAAGAUGUUACUUCUGGAAAGAAAAUUACAGUCACUUGCUCCGUUGCAAGUGGCCAUCCACCUUUAGAAUUUAAUUGGCUCAAAAAUGGUAAAAGAAUAACUUCUUCACCAGCGAUGGAAAUCCGAAGCUAUGGCGAUCUUUCAAUGAUUGUAAUUGAAAAUGCGAAUAAUCAGUCGUCUGGUAACUACACAUGUGAAGUUUCUAAUAUAGUCGGACAGGAUACUCAUACUUCUGUUCUAGAAGUAAAAGUUCCACCAUACUGGAUACAAAAGCCUCAAGACAUGUUACUUCCAGUUGGCGAAAAUGUUAAUAUCGUGUGUGAAGCUGGAGGGACUCCUUUACCCAUCAUAACAUGGUUGUAUUCGCCCGAUGGUGUUGUCUACAACACAGUUGUUCCUGGUGUCAAGGGAAAGAGUAAUUUAAUUCUUAACAGAAUAAAGAAACAAGAAAGAGGACAGUAUGUCUGCACAGUGUCCAAUGAUGUUGGAAACUCAUUGAAAAAGGAAAUUAAUAUAAAUGUGUUAGUUCCAGCUAGAUUUGAAGAAAAAUUCAGUGUUGAAACAGUACGAAGAGGCGAAACGGCUUCUUUAAAAUGCGAAGCUAUCGGUGACCUGCCUCUUGAGGUCACAUGGGCAAAGGAUAAACGAAAUUUGGAAAUUAAGGAACUUGACAGGUAUGAAAGGUUUGAGACAACAGUAGAGAAAGGCCUAACUUCUGAAUUAAUGAUUCGAUCUACUGACAGAAAUGACGGUGCCUUGUACACAUGUUUUGCUAAGAACGAUUAUGGCUUGGACGAAAAAAAUAUCAAAUUGGUAAUUGUAGAGGUUCCUGCCAGACCUUUGGAUGUCCGAGUGCAGGAAGUCUGGAGUAGAAGUGCCACCAUCUCUUGGUCUGUCCCCUACAGUGGAAACAGUCCAAUCACCAAGUUUAUUGUGCAGUAUUGGCAAGAAAAGGAAAAUGGACAACGAUUGUUGGAACAGACAAUACCAAGUAGCCAGACUUCAGUUCUUCUUAAGUCUUUGCAUCCUGGAUCUCCUUAUGCUGUCACAGUGGUUGCUGAGAACGAGGUUGGACAAGGAAUGCCUUCACAAACUAUACAGUUUGUUACAGGAGAAGAAGCACCAGUUAGUCCUCCUACUGAUGUACAGGUUAAGCCGAAGGGAUCUUCCUCACUCCUUGUAACGUGGAAGCCUCCACCGAAAGAACUGUGGAAUGGAGAGCUGAGGGGUUAUUACAUAGACUACAAGGUUAACAGUUCCCCUACAUCUUACUUAUUCAAGACCGUCGAGUCAUCGUCAAACGACAGCUACGAGUACAUUCUCAGUCCUUUGAUGAAAGCUACACGGUACAGCGUAGUAGUGAAAGCCUACAAUGGUGCAGGAACUGGUCCUCCAUCUGAGGAGAUAACAGUCAAAACCCUAGAGGGAGACUUACCUUUACCUCCACCAGUGGAAUUAGUAUCUAAUUCUGAUUCUGCCAUCAGUCUAAAGUGGGGUAAAAGUCCGUCUCAUAAUAUUCCUGUCACAGGGUAUACUCUGCACUACAAGAAAAAGAACUCGGGGGAAUGGAACUAUGUUCAUGUUGUGGCCUCUGAUAAUAAUAUGUAUACAAUAAAAGACCUGGAGAGUGGGGCCACCUAUCAACUCUACCUUACAGCUGUAAAUCAGUUUGGGAGAGGAAAUCCUAGUGAUUACUUGAGCAUCACUACGAACCCGAAAGGCAUUGGAAUUGGCUUGCCAUUUUAUCUCAACCUAGCUAUAGUAGUACCUGUCACAGCUUCGGUGGUUGCAUUCGUUGUCGUUCUCGUCGUCAUAGUCAUUUUUGUGAAGAAAACAAAAGCGAGAAAAGCGCUGGAAAGAGAUUUAACUUCAUUGCAAAGUGGGAAGGUUGUGACUUAUGCUCCAGGCUCACAAAGGUAUAUAGAUAUGGAGAAGGCUAGACGUGUAAGUAAUCCAGAACCUGGGACACCAGCUGCCGCUAGCAUCGCUUCUUAUGCCUCUAUUCCUUCCAGGGACUUGGAACUUCGAGUAGACGAUCCUCGCCAGGAACUUAAAUCUUUUCUACCUCCUCAGAUGAGAGAUCGACCACUUCCUCAUCCGAAACCAUCGUCUUUGAAGAAAAGAGGUGAUUCCCAUCUCUAUGACAGAGCAGACUGACACGUUUAGAUUUCAAGCUUGCUAGAAAUGGUGUGUGCAAAAAGUUGUGUUCAUCUUCUCACAACGUUACUUAAAAGACUUAAUAAUAGCGCCUGUUAUGCAAAAAUAACGGGAAGUCAGUGACUUGAAACCUUACUUAUUGAGAGAUUUAACACUUUAACGUUUUGUACUAAGUUCUUUUUUCAUUAAGAUGGUGCUUUGUUGAAUGUAUUAGCUGACAUUCAGAUAUCUACUUAUGAAGUAUGGUUAAGUAUGUAACUUAGUGUUGUAACAAUGUUGAGCAAAUCUCUGACAAGAGGAGAUUUUUAUAUGUUAAUCAGAUUUUUAUGACACUGUAGUUAAGUGGUGGAAAUGUUGGGAGUCGCGAACGAGAACAAACAAUGGAUAUUUAUAAAGUUCGCGUACAUGAAACAAUAAACUGCUCUCACCGCUAUUAAAGUUGUAAAGUUAAACAGCUGUUUUAUGGUUAUGCUAGUUACGAAUCUAAAUUAUCUCUAAGGUACUUCACUACAAUAUCAUGUGGUAAACGUUUACUUAAACAUAUCCCUAAUUAAGUAACAGCUUUUUUGUUUUAUAAUGAAGUUCAGACAUCAUAAGUAGUUGUGAACAUCAUAUAAUAUGCACACUCACACAGAAUGUUAUUGCUACAAGAAAUGUUCAUUGUUGAGAUUAUGGAGGAAUAACUCCUUGUAUUCUGGCUUCAUUCUGUUGCUCUGUGGUUAAACGAAAUUAAGAUAUGUUGCAUGGCUGAAUGAUUAGUGAAAGUAUUGUCUUUCCGACUUAUAACCAUAUUUGGUUUUAGUACAAGUGAUGAGCAUUGAAUUGUAUUAUUGUAAUAUCCUUGUGUUAUUUUUUUUUGUCAGCUAUUACUAAUCUUUAUACACGUGAUUUUAUCUGUACCUUGUCUGCAUUUUCUGUUACAAAAAAGUGAUAAGAUUCCCAUGAACAGGGUACAGUAAUUCUGAUUUUAAUUGUUUGGUGCCUUCCCUGUUGCUUUGUUUGAUUUGUGAGUAUUUGUUUUAUCCUGUAUUAUAUCAUGUUCCUGUAGUUUGGUUUGUGAGCAUUUGUUUUAUCCUGUAUUACAUCAUGUUCCUGUAGUUUGAUUUGUGAGUGUUUGUUUCAUCCUGUAUUACAUCAUGUUCCUGUAGUUUGAUUUGUGAGUGUUUGUUUCAUCCUGUAUUACAUCAUGUUCCUGUAGUUUGAUUUGUGAGUAUUUGUUUUAUCCUGUAUUACAUCAUGUUCCUGUAGUUUGAUUUGUGAGUAUUUGUUUUAUCCUGUAUUACAUCAUGUUCCUGUAGUUUGAUUUGUGAGUAUUUGUUUUAUCCUAUAUUACAUCAUGUUCCUCUAGUUUGAUUUGUGAAUAUUUGUUUUAUCCUGUAUUACAUCAUGUUCCUGUAGUUUGAUUUGUGAGUAUUUGUUUUAUCCUGUAUUACAUCAUUUACCCAUGCAAUAUUUUUAUGUGGUUCUUUUGUGUGUCAUAUUGUAGAAUCUUUUAACACAUUACGUGAUUAGUAUGUAAGAUAAGAAUCAGAGACGCUUAAAACAUGAAACGAAGUUGCAUUUUACAAACUUAACUAGAACUGUAGAAAACUUUAAGUUUUCCCCCCCUUCUGUACCAGGAUUGUGGGUGUUACUUGGUCAGUGUUUUGUAGCAUGAACGAUAUAAUAUGCAUAUAACGAUGUAAUUUUAGUUUUUAAUUUUAUUUUCAGUAAGGUAGCAAGACACGUAGUUAGAGUAAAAUGUCACUCUUCUCAUGCUCUAGCUGUACACUUGAUAUUGUGUAUAGAGGUGUGCCUUUUUUAGACAGUAUUGCCAAGGCUUAAUUGAUGUAACGGUUACUUUUGUAAUGCAUUUUAUUCUUUUUCACAGAUAGUAAACCAGCAAGAGGGUCCUGCAUAAUUGUAUUUUUUUUUUAAAAACAUUGAGUAAUUUGACUUUAGUUUAAUGUGUAUUUAUUACAUCUGUUUUAUGCCAGAGAAAUGUCAAUUAUUAAUGAUUAAUAUUUAUGAUAAUAACUGGUUGUAUUCAUACAAAAAAUACUACUUUAUGAUAUUUUGAAAAAAAACAAGUUUUGAAAUUAUUGUUAACAUUAUUACAUAGCCAUAAUUUUUCGAUUAAAGUUUUCAACAAACUAUUCUUCGUAUCGAAAUUAUGGUUUUUGUUUGUCUUUUUGCUACUUUUUACGACUACUCAACUUUACUUAUUUAUUUAUUUAUCUUUUUAGUGAUCAUAUCACAUUUACAAGUACGAUAUUUCUUUCUUAUUCUAGUCUUUGUUCAUAAUUUUCUUGUAUUUUGCCAAGUGUUUUUCUUUCGUCCAGAUUAUGGUGUGUGCGUAUGUAUGUGUGAUCGAACAGAAUUUGUUUUUUGUAAAUACCGUAGAUUAUCGUUGUAGCAUUUCUGUGAAACUUAUAAGAAUGCAGAUGUCUGAAGUCACUGUCGUUUCAUAUACGAUAAUAAAGCAUAGCUGAUAACAUUA